ACUUUUUCUCGUCUUCCCUCUCUAUAAAUUCAAGCUACCGAGCUUUGCUUUACUGCCCACAAAAAACAAAGAAAGUCUUGAAAAACAUCAACAAAAUGAAGAGCUCACUGCUGCUGCUGCUACUCUCCUUCCUUCUCCUUUCCUCGCUCCCAAGCCUUCUUAUGGCUGAUAAUCCUGAGCCCUUAUACGACUCCUCCGGCGAUAAGGUUCUACCGGAAUUCAUACUCUGUACUGCACCAAGAGUGUGGAAGGUUGAUGAUUUCGAUCCAUCAACAGAACAGUGGUUCAUAACAACUACCGGCGACAUACGAAAGCCUGGACCUCUAACAUCGCUCAACUGGUUCAAGGUUGAGAAAUUUUCAGCCCUAGACGGUGUAUACAAGAUCAACCACUGUCCUGGUACAAAAUCCGUGGGAUUGUGCAAGGAUGUUGGGAUUUAUUACACAGAAGAGAACCGCCGUCUUGCUCUGAGUGAGACUCCAUUCGGCUUUUUUAUUAUUAAGGCUGAAAGUGUACUCAACAAGGCAAAGAUUGCCAGUGUGAUUUAAUGCCCAUAGUUAAUCUUAAAAUGUUUAUCCGAGUCCUUCUUGUAAAUUAUAAGGAUACUAGUUUGAGACCCUUGUUCUGUAUAAAUUUAAUAUCGUGGUCAAUAAAUGGACUUGGUACGUUUGCUUCCAA